UUUCUCAACACCUUAUCCUCAUACAUACUAAACGCGUCCCGCCCUCCCAGCCACCCCUCUUGGUUAUCCACGAUGCUGGUGCUCUUCGAGACUGCAAUGGGCUACUGUCUCUUCAAAAUGUCAAAGUCUGCGACACCAGAUGACCAGAACAUCUGGAAGGAGUUCGAGACACCUGAAAAGGCCAACAAGCUGCUGAAGCUCAAGGCCAUUCACAGAUUUACAACAACGGCGACGGCGGUAGAAGACAUGACGGCUCUGCAAGACGGAAAAGUCGGGCCUGGGCUUAAAAAGUUCUUGAGUGACGAAGUGGUAGGUAAAGGAAAGGGGAAAGAGUCGUUGCUCGUAGCUGAAACGCAUUUGGCGACCACAAUAAAAGACUUGCUGAGCAUAAAAACCGCCGCUGGUGCAUCAAAUAUGGAUCUCUUUCGUGGCAUUCGGGGGCAGCUCGCGUCAUUACUGGAUGGGCUGGACCCGAAGGAUCUGUCGACCAUGAGCCUUGGUCUCAGUCACUCGCUUUCUCGUUUUAAAAUAAAAUUCUCACCUGACAAGGUGGACACUAUGAUUGUGCAAGCAAUUGCCCUUCUCGAUGACCUUGACAAGGAAAUCAACAUAUAUGCUAUGCGUGUCAAGGAAUGGUAUGGAUGGCAUUUCCCUGAACUCGCCAAAAUCAUUGUCGACAACAAUGCCUAUGCAAAGGUGAUCAAACAUAUGGGCUUCCGUACUAAUGCAUUAUCCACCUCCUUUGCCACAAUACUACCCGAAGACCUCGAGCAAGCCGUCAAAGCCGCCGCCGAAAUCUCAAUGGGAACCGAAAUAUCCGACUCCGACAUUGCCCACAUCCGCUCCCUCUGCGACCAGGUCAUUUCCAUCUCCGCCUAUCGAGCACAACUCUCAGAGUACCUCCGAAAUCGUAUGAAUGCCAUCGCGCCCAACCUCACCGUUCUUGUUGGUGAGCUCGUCGGGGCCCGACUCAUCUCACAUGCCGGGAGCCUCAUGAACCUCGCCAAACACCCAGCCAGCACGGUCCAAAUCCUCGGGGCCGAAAAAGCCCUCUUUCGUGCACUCAAAACCAAGCACGAUACCCCCAAGUACGGCCUGAUAUACCACGCGUCGCUCAUCGGUCAGGCGCCUCCGAAACUAAAGGGCAAAAUGGCACGUAUGGUCGCCACUAAAGCUGCACUUUCAAUACGCCUGGAUGCCCUGGCGGACUCUGACGGGAAAUCUGCGCCGGAUGCGCCGUCAAUAGGACUCGCGCACCGGGCCAAGCUUGAAUCGCGAUUGCGCGCAAUGGAGUAUGAGGAUGGGGCUACUGGUGUGCGGCGGUUUUCCGGGAGUGGGAAGCAGCAGCAGCGCUUUGACAUGUCGGGGCAGACGAAGACUUAUAACACUAAGGCUGAUGAUGUGGAUUUCGUGUCGACGCAGCGGGAGAAUCCGAUGGAGAUCGCUGUUCAAGCUGUGUUGGAUGUGAAAGAGGAGAAGAAGAAGUCAAAGGAGGAGAAACGGGCGAAGCGGAAGGCGGAGAAAGAAAAGGAGAAGGGCGGGGAUGCUGAUGGGGUUGUGACGAUGAACGGUGUUGAAGAGGAUGAGAAGAAGGACAAGAAGGACAAGAAGAGAAAGCGGAGGGAAAGCGAGGUUGUUAACGGGCAUGAAGAGAAGAGGAAAGGAAAGCACGGAAAAAGGCUCGUAAGGCAGAAAAGGCAGCUGUGAAGGAGACAAACGUCGACUCGUCACCCAAAAAAAAGAAGAAGAAAUCAUCAGACUAGGCCAUCUUGUUUUCGAGUAGCUAUUAGAGUAUAUAUUUAAAAGACCAACGGUAUCGACGGCCCGGAUGAACCCUUUUUGGGCUAGAUUACUUGUUUCGGAUAAUUGAAAUAGCAG